AUACCCAAAAAUCCCACAAUUCAAGCGUCACUCAGACCUUGAACAGAUCAUCACAACCACGUGAUUUCAAAAGUAGAGAGGCAAAAAUGUCCACAAAAACCCCCGUCACAUUAACCGUCGACGCAAUCGACGAUCUCAUCUACGAUGCUCGCGCCGGCGACCUCGAUUCCCUCAAGUCCGACCUGGCGGCCCUGAGCACCCAGCACAGCUGCCCGCAGGCCUGGAUUGUGGCGUCGGCGAUCGACUCCGAGCCUGAAGAGGAGGGUGGUACCGGAUCAUGCCUUUUGCAUUUUCCUGCUGCGAAUGGCAAUGAGGACAUCUUGAACUUCCUCCUGGGAGUUCUCACUCAGGGUGAGACUCAGCUGGAUCAGGCUCAGGUGGCGGCUGUUGUUAACCAUCGUAAUCACUCGGGUAACACGGCGUUGCACUGGGCGGCGCUGAACACGCAUUUGGAGUGCGUGAAGGCGCUUGUCGGGGCUGGUGCUGAUAUCUCCAUUAAGAAUGAUGCUGGCUUAGAUGCUGUUUUCCUCGCUGAGAGGGCUGAUUGGACUACUGAGGAGCAGGGUGAGGAGCAGGAGCAGGAUGAGGUUGAAGUUGAAGUAGGGGCUGAGGCACAGGAGGGUGAAGGCGAUGCUGGGAAGAUGUCUAAGGGGAGACAGGUUGUGGAGUGGUUGUUGAGUUCGGAGAAGGGUGGUGAAUUGGAGACCGGUGCUGGGGAGAAUGCUCCUGCUGCUGCGGAGGGAUCGACGCAAUGAUUUACGCUUUUAUGGCUUUUAU